AUGUUUUCCAAGUUCAAAUCGUUAUUCAGUGGCAAUAAUAACGGAAACACCAAUAAUUCAUCACCAUUAUCAUCGAGCUUGGAUAAAGUGACCUAUCGGUGGAUUUGUAACAUGUGUGUUGGUGUGAUUGAAUCAAACACGGUCCGAUACGUUAAUUACAAUGAGAAACAAUUCGAUCUUUGUGAAGCAUGUUUUAACAAGUGCUACGAUCAUGUCUUGAAAAAGAAGAAGAAACACAAUUCCCAAAUGGAUGAUGAAAAUGAAUUUGAACAAAUCAUUGAACAAGAUUUAGAAUUCAUCAUCCCAGAGACAGGCCAUUAUUUCGAUAUGAAAAAGAAAACCGAAUCCGAUCGAGUCAAUAAGACCAUGUUUAGAUCCUUUAUUGAAAAUAGUUUGAAACCAUGUUUUGGUUUACUGAAUUCUUCCACUGACAAGUAUAUUUGGAUGAGAUAUGAACAAGUGUUUCACUUGGUUUGCUGUAUCGCUUUAGGACUAGAACACGUUCUACAAGUACCAAAGAAAUACAGCAACUCAUUGAGUACGACGGAACGAUGUUUUGUGUCAAUUUGUGGAAAAAACAAUUUGGAUUGGUACUUGUGCGACUAUGCAUGUUUAUUUAAAUGUAUUGUAUUAGCUCCAAUUCAUUUUGCUCAAACUUUUGAUGAGAUGAAACAUAUUGUAGAAUUGACAGAGAGCCAAGCUAUCAUUUGUACUCCAGAGUUUGUGGAUCGAUUUAUUGAAAUUGCAAAAAAACACACCAAAUCUGUGAAAUAUAUUAUUGUGAUGGAUGAAAAAUCAAGUCAUGAAAACGAGAUUGACCAAUUUCGACAAACUUUGAAGGAUGAAACCUCUCCUACGUUCAUGUCAUUCCACUCUCUGAUGUCAUUGAAAAGGGUGAAAAAGAAUAGAUAUCCUAAAUACUUUACAGAUCAUGAAACCAUUUUGACAUGCCCAGCAAAUACCAAGUACAAUAUCAACAAACUUUGGAUCGAUCUAGAACAUGAGGAUUUUAUUUUAAAUACUUUGAAUAGCCCCGACGAUUUAUUGACAUUGGUCUUUACAAGUGGUAGUACAGGUCAACCAAAAGGAGUCAUGGUCAAAGAUUCAUCACUGAAAAGAGAACUUGAUGGUUUUCGAACAGAAGUACCAAGAGUUUUAUUUUCCUUUUGUCCUUUAGCCCACAUGUCUGACCGCAAACAUGUCAUGAUGGGACUAUGUGAUGGAGCAAGAAUAGGAAUCUUCAACAGAGAAUUUUCUCACAUCUUUGAAGAUAUUCAAUUGUGUCGACCAACUGUAAUUGCCUCAACACCACGUAUAUACAAUGUACUGUAUGACGAAUUUAAAAAGUGUGUCGAGUUGGAAACCUCAAAACUCUAUCUCACUCGUGACGAUUCUGUAAAAAGUGAAACACAAGUGAGAGAACAAAUUAAGGCUGAUUUCAGAAAAAUGCUUGGAGGAAGAAUACAAACUAUUAUUAUUGGAGGAGCAUCGAGUAGUCGUGAAGUGAGAGAGUUUUUAUCGGAGUGCUUCAAAUGUUUUGUCAGUGAUGGAAUGGGAUCUUCAGAAGCUGGAGGCAUCAUGAAUGAUGGUCGAGUGCAUCAAUCAGUCAAUUACAAAUUAGUAGAUGUACCUGAUAUGAAUUAUUCCAUUAGAGACAAACCUUAUCCGAGAGGAGAACUCUGUGUGAAAACAGAAACCAUGUUCGCAGGAUAUUUCAAAAAUGAAGAUUUGACCAAUCUUGCACUUGAUGAAGAUGGAUGGCUUCACACGGGUGACAUUGUUGAAGAGCUAGGUCCAAAACAUUUGAGAAUUAUUGAUCGACUCAAAAACAUUUUCAAAAUGGCACAAGGUGAAUUUGUAUCACCGGCAAAAAUCGAAGAUGUUCUCAUUGCAUCCAAGUACAUUUUUCAAGCAUUUGUAUAUGGAAAUAUCAAGAGAAGUUUCUUACUUGCUGUGAUAGUUCCCAAUGCAACACUUAUUAAGAAAUUUGCCAUCUCUGAAGGAAUUUUACCAUCCAUGGCCUCGAAUGAUCCAAUUCAAAAUAGUAGCAACCAUGAAAUGCAAGAUGAAACCAAUACUGACACCAAUAUUGCUCCUCUCACUGAAGACGAAAAGAAUAUUCUCAAAUCCAAUGAAAAGAUUAAGAAACUACUUUUAGAGGAAAUUGAAAAGGUUUCAAUGAAGGAAUCGCUACUACCAUAUGAAAUUCCAAAGGAUAUCUUGAUUGAUUUUGAACCAUUCCAUCCUGAGAAACUAUUGACUUCUUCCAUGAAAGUGAAAAGAUAUGAAUGUGAAAAACAUUAUUUCAAUCAAUUAGAGGAACUUUAUGAGAAAAUUGAUCCUACCGAAGACAAUGGUAAACCAAAAAUCAUUGACGAAAUUCGUGAGCUGCUAUUGGGUACCAGCACUGGAAGCGAAUCAAAGAAUGACCAAACUAGUAGUGGUAGUAGUAGUAAUAGUAACAACACUUUGAAAGCCAUUGACAGCUUGCAUGCUGUUAAAUUUUCAGGAAUUCUCAAAAACAAGUAUCAUAUGGAAGUUCCACUUUCACUCAUCUUUUCACAGAAAGAUCAAGAUGUCAAUGCUGUGAUUGAGAGAGUUUCAAAAUAUAUUAAUGAAAAAAACUCACCCUAUGGAUAUCAUGACAUGUUAACACAAGAAGGAUUAGAUUGGAAACAGCAAUUAUUAUUACCCAUUUCAAUGAUGAAAGAAAUUUCUCAAUUAACACAUUCCAAGACAGUACAAAUCAAACAUUUUCAAGAUUUGGAUAGAGACAUUCUAUUAACAGGAUGCACUGGAUUUUUAGGUGCAUUUAUUUUGAGAGAUUUAUUGGAACAAGUUGUAAAUUCCAAGAAAAAUAGUAAGGUGAAAAUAUUUUGCAUUGUGAGAAGAGAAGCGAGAAGCAGUGAAACAGCAGCAGAAGAUGUCAAUACCUCAUGGUUGGAUUCUAUUGAGAACAAUCCUCUAGUAUUUAAGAGAGUGAAGAAGACGAUGCAAGAAUUCAUGCUAUGGAAAGAUAUUUAUGAAGAACAUAUUAUCACCUUACAAGGUGAUAUUUCAAAGCCUCUAUUGGGUCUUUCAGAAACUCAAUUUACUAAUCUUGCUGCAAGAAUUGAAUUUAUUUAUCAUAAUGGAGCGUACGUGAACUCGGUCAUGUGUUAUUCACAGUUGUAUCCAUCGAAUGCUGGGUCGACCUUGGAAAUUCUUAAACUUGCUUUACUUUCUUCAAAUGGUCAUUCAUCCUUAACUCCAAUCAUUCUAGUUUCGACUGUUGGAGUAUUACAGAGCGGCCUUUCUUCGUUUGGAUUUCCUACCGAGAUGAAAGUAACCAAGGGAAAAGACGAGAUCAUUGAAGAUUUAACAGCUCAUGCAGAUCAUGUGUUGAAACAGCUAAAGCCUCAUUUAGAGCAUACAAACGGAUAUAACAGCACAAAGUUUAUUUCUGAGCAAUAUGUUCAACAAGCUCGACUUCUUGGUUAUCCAUCUUGUGUAUUUAGACCAGGAAUGAUUGGAUCAGAUUCUGAUCAUGGAAUUUCAAAUUUAACGGAUUGGGUCAAUAGACUUGUUCUUGGAUGCUUUGCCUUGCGAUGCUAUCCAAGCACAAGUAGAAGCUUAAACAUUAUCCCAGUUAAUAUUGUUUCGAAGGUCAUUGUUUACAUGAGCCAAUAUUCACACACAUAUUUUGAACCUGGGGAUAACGACAAUAUGAAAUAUCCAGUAUUUGAACUGGCCAACACUGAAAGUUACGUCAUGAAAUUCAGCGAUCUUUUGGAGAGUGCAGCAAAGGUUGAAUCAACAAGUCACAACCACACAAUGGGAAAGAUGGCAUGUGUUCCGUAUCCAAAAUGGAAACAGAAAUUAAUAGAGAUGAACAAUGGCAUGACUUCUGACGACAAUCUAUUAAGACUAGCGACUAUUUUCAAGUCAGAUUAUGAAUUUCCUUCCUCGGGAAAUCAACUUCAAAAUUAUCAUAUUCACAAAAUCAUUCAGGCCUUGUCAAAAACUGAUGACGAAAACUAUCGAAAGCUGGUUCCUUACAGACAACUAGAUUUGGCUUAUUUCGAAAAGCAGGCCUCCUAUUUGGUGGCACAUUUUUCACAUAGAAAUUUACCUAACAACAAUUAA